AGCUGAAGGGGAGGUAGGGGUGGAGGGAGCAGAACUGGGGGUUGGGGUCCGCCCGAAGCUCUGGAGAUGACAAGUCCAGGAGUCCUUCCCGCCGUGACCCCACUCCACUUCUGCAAGGAGAGGAGUUUUUCCCAGUCCCCAUGCUCCCCUGGGGCGAGAGAGGUCAACCCAGCUGGGUGGGAAAAGAGAAUGGAGGAAGUUGACAGGGAUGGGCGGGGCCCGUGGGGGGGCUGACCAGGAACCCAGCUUCCUGCUCAGUACCCAGACAUCCAGCCCCCAGCUCACCCCCACCCCUUCCAGCCCCCACUGCCCUCAGGAACCCAAGGUUCCGGCCCUCCUCCCAAAUCCCAGCUACCCUUCCCCCUCAGCUUCUCCCUCCAGGGGAUGGAGGCCGAGAGACCGCAGGAAGAAGAGGAUGGUGAGGGCCCCUCUCGGGAUGAGCAGGGCUGGCCCCCUCUGAACUCCACCACUCGGCCUUGGCGAUCUGCUCCUCCGUCCCCUCCUCCUCCGGGGGCCCGCCAUACAGCCCUGGGACCCCGCUCGGCCUCCCUGAUCUCCCUGCAGACUGAGCUCCUUCUGGACCUGGUGGCUGAGGCCCAGUCCCGCCGCCUAGAGGAGCAGAGGGCCACCUUCUGUGCCCCUCCAAAGCCCCCAGGCCUGGCUCCUGCCCCACCCCGGCCUCUGGAGGACAGGGAGCAGCUCUACAGCACCAUCCUGAGCCACCAGUGCCAGCGGAUGGAAGCCCAGCGGUCAGAGCCGCCACUCCCCCCGGGAGGGCAGGAGCUCCUGGAGCUGCUGCUGAGAGUUCAGGGUGGAGGCCGCAUGGAGGAGCAAAGGUCCCGGCCCCCCACACACACCUGCUGAGACUCCAGCCCCCAGGCAGUCCCUCCUCGCCUACUUGGGCUCAAAGCUGGGCAGCGCAUUGCGUGCCCUCAGCCCUGCUGGGCAGAAGCGCCAGGACCUGGAAGACCUAGCAGAAAUCUGUUUUCAUGGUCCUCAUCACUGUCCCUGGGAACUGGAGGGGGUGACAGUCCUCAGACCCUGGGAAUAGGCAAGGGAGGAUGGUCAUUGAACCCCAUGCUGGCGGGAGAGCUGGAGUUAAAGGACCCAGGCCCCCAUCUCAAGGAGCGGCCGGGAGCCCAGCUACUCUGCAGGGUCUGAGGGCUCAGGCCUCCGGCUCAGAGUUCAGGCAAGCCUCUCUAGGUGACCUGGGACAGCCCCACCCUGCUGCCCAGAAAGGCAGGGUGGGCACAGCAAGGAAGUAAGACUCCCCUUACGCCCAGCCCCAAGAGGGGCCUCGCUGUGAACGGACCUUCAGCCCUGCCCGCCCCCUGCCCACUGCUGCUCUGAGUCCGUCCGUCUGUCCGUCUGUCCGUCCGACGUUU